AUGGCUUCCACCAAGCGAACAGUCAUCGAGAUAUCCUCCGGCAAUGACGACGAUAACCCUCUCGUGACGCGUCGCAAGAUCCGCCGACGAUCCAAGAUACCAGAGCCACAGCGGAACGAAGCAGACACAGAGGCCACCCAAGGCCAACCGACAUUUGCAGAAUUUCUCUCCCGAACGCUACCAAGCAGGCUGAUCUCGGGUGAUGUCGCAAAAUACAUCCAGCGAGAGUCCAACGUUCGUCUAGAGACUGCAAGACAAGAAGGGAUUACUCUGGAUACUGUCUUCAUCGGCAUGGACUGUUUGCCGGCUUGGAUGGGUAUGCACUGGGAUCCGCAAAGGGAGUCUCUGCAUUGUGCUAUCCAAGAUCGACUGAUGGAUGUCGAGGUUUCGAGUACGCUAGGCGAUGUUCUUCGGAAAGACCUCAUCGAAAAAGGGAACCGGAAACUCGAGGAGGCUCGUCAACUCGGACUGGGCAUCGAGGAUAUCACGAUUGGGAAAGGGCUCCUAGCGACAUGGAAUGGUCUGGCGUCUACCCAAGAGACGGUUUACGGGCUGGAAACUCCUCCCGAAGAAACGAGCAUCGGAACUACUGUUCAAGAUUCGUCAGUCUUCGGCCAAGCAGAGACGCCGGAGUCCGAGAUCAUCACAAUAUCCUCGGCAAUUGAUGAAAUCAUUCAUAUGAACAAUGUGGUCAAUACCCAGCCGGAAUAUUCGGAGAGUGACGACGAGGCUCCGCAUAUUCUUCACGAUGUCGAGGUCGUGGGCGGCUUUGAGGGUCACCCGGACGUGGAUUUGGAAGUAUACUUGGUGGAAGACGACGAAGAAAUAGAAGGCCUUCCGGAACUUGAGCUGGCGAUUGAUGGAGAUGCAUUUAUAUAUUAUUUUGGCGAUGAUGAUCUUAUGGAGGUUGAGAUUCCUGGGAUGGAUCUACAGUGCUCGCUUGACGUUCCUCCUGACCAGAGUGAUGAGGGGGACUAUAAUACGGAGGGUAGACCACCAUUGAGGGAAAUUGAAGGCGACUCCGACGAUCAAGUUAUGGAUGAGGACGAGGGUGAGGAUGAGGGCGGAGAGCAAAAUUCGGUCAUUCAAAUCACUGAGGAUGGUUUCACUUGGUGA